UUCUAUUUAGAUCGGUUUUCCACUGUUUUUUUUUUUUUUUAUAGAGAUUGAGGAAUGACUGGACGAGAUUUGCGAAGAUGGAAUAUUUUGAAAAGGAUGGAAAAGUAGCUGUUAUACUGAUAUAGCGAUAGAUUACUGAACAUAGAUAAAAGAUAAUAAUAAUAUUAAUAGUAAUAAGAGCAAUAUUAUUACUACGACUAUUAACGCUACUACUACUGCUACUACUACUACUACUACUACUAUUACUGAUAAUAAUAAUAAUAAUAACAAUAGUAAUAGAUAAAGAUUACAGAACAUUCAAGACCGAGGUAAUAAAAUAUUUGAUCUGUAAAACCCUUUCUAUGUGAUAGAUAAAAAAAUAGGCAGGAAAAUUAUAUGAGAAAAAGUUAUCAUCUCCAGUGAAAACAAAUCGAAGAGAGUGCAAGUAGACACAGGAUCAAUUGCAAUAAAAGACGCAGAGACAAUAAGAAAGUUUAGAUAUAAAAUAACAACACAGAAAGAGAGGAAAUAUGAAGAGAAACAUACAUGGGGUAAGGUACUGUAAGUAGACCAUACAGACCUAACAUAAUAAUAAUGAGCAAAUAAGUAGACACUUGUACGACCGAAACUCGACGAAAGACAAAAAGAAAAAUCCAAAGCAAAACACGCAAAUAUAACAAUGAAAUGAUAAUAAUAAAAUAACCCAAAGAAAUAAAACACAGCACCACCAAACCAAGAUCUGAAGACGCAUGCCAGCGAGAAACCAUCAUGGGAUUCACAAGACUGACGCCCGGUGUGAGAGUGGGUGGGCGGACUUGUCUCAGGCUGGAUGCGAGAUGCGCCGCCCUCACAGCUGCUUGCUAUACCAUACUGUCGUGUGUGUUAGUAGCGGCCCUUUAUACAUGGAGGAUUUCUGCCAAUAUGCAGCAUCCACUAUACCUUCAGGAUGUUUAUUACGGUGUCCAGAUCUCAUACAUCUCGACGCUGGUGACCCACGUGGCGUUAAUUAUCCUCAGCAUCUUCCUCAUUGUGGGAGUCAUUCAGGAGCGCAUAAGCCUGCUGACUCCGUGGGUGGUGGCCAACAUAACGUUCAUGGCACUCGAGGCUGUGUGCUGUGUGUAUUCCAAUGUCCUUAGGGAUCAUAUUAAUAAGAGAUUCGACUCCCUCUGUAAGGCUGAGAUGGCGUUUUUCCUAACAAGAGGUUUCUUUAACGUUCUGGCCCUGACCGGCGUAAUGAAGUUCUUCAGGAACCUGCGAGCUGGCAUCACCUACAGGGACCCCGAGGCUAUCGAACUAUAGGCCCUGUCCACACCGUACCUGGGCUUUCACCUGCUGGCAUUGUGCCACCUUAAAACAUGAGGGGAAAAGAUGGGUGCACGCCAUCUGGUCUUCAGAUGGAUAUCACGCCGUUCGAGAAUAAGAACAUGGUCUAUUUCCCACGACAAAAAAAAACAAAAAAAACUUGUAUAUUUGUGUACAUUUGUGUCUUGGUUUUGUGUUAUAGUUAGUGUGUGUGUAUGUGUGUGUGUGUUUGGGGGGGGGGGGGGGUUCGAGUACACGGACAGGUAACCAUAGUCGGGAACUUUAUGAAUAAGCGAGAAGUGAAAAGAAUUCUUCAACCGGGAGAGAUUCUUGAGAACUUGAAAAUUGUCUGUGUAAGAGAGCUGAGAUGUUUUUCAUAGUUUCUCUUCUAGGCUUUUUGUUUAUUGUAUUUUUUUUCUAAGAGAGAAAGGUAUAGAGGGACACGCAAGGAUAUGAAGUACUUAGAGAGAGAGAGAG